UCAACGGACAGCUUCUCAAUUAGCUUUCUAAGAUGAGGAUCUUAUUUUUUGUGCUUUUGUGUCUUACUUUGGCUGUCUGCAGUCCAAUAGGAACUUAUCGGAAUGAGUUUGCCAUGGGUGAACGUCAAGAAAACGAUUAUCUCAUUACUAACAGAACUAUUACUAAGCAUUUUCUUUUGAAGCCUAUAAUCACAGUAGGUGUAACAGCUCCAAACAAUGCAAUACUCACCCAAAUUAAAAUCACAAAUAUCGGAAAUCAACGAACUCUAUUUAUACCGAAAAGAUUCAGUUAUACAAAUAUAGCUAUAAUAAUUAUUGGAAAAUUUGGAGAAGCAAUACAUGUACGCGUGGAAGGUUAUGCAAAAAGUAUUUUAACAACUGCUCCAAAUAUAACUACCACGACACCUAAUAAUGAAGAUAACAGUGCAUCUAGUAGCGAAGAAAGUCACAACACAUCUGGAACUUCUGAAAAUAGUGAAGAAAACAAUGGAAAUAACGCACCUGAUGCCGGGGAUAAAAACAACAGUGCAUCCAACGCCGAGGAUGAAAACAAUAGCGCAUCCGAAGCAGAGAAUAAAAGUAACUCAGCCGAAGAUGGCAAUAAAGAGAACAGCGUACCCAAUGCCGAAGAUGAAAAUAACAACUCAGCCAAGGAUGGCAACGCACCUGAUGAAAACAAUACCCCUGAUGCAGGAGACAAGGAUAGAAAUAACUCAGUUGAAAAUGACAAUGAAGGAAACAGUGCAUCCAAUGCCAAAGAUGAAGGAAACAGCGCACAGCCUGAUGCAGGAGAUAAAAAUAACAAUUCAGCUGAAAGUGGCAAUGAAGAAAACAGUGCACCUGAUGCCGGAGAUGAAAAUAAUAACUCGGCCAAUGAUGGCAAUGGAGGAAAUAGCGCACCUGAUGUAGAAAAUGGGAAUAACAACUCAACCAAAGAUAGCAACAAAGGAAACAACGCACCUGAUGCCAAGGAUGAGAACAACAGCGCAUCCGAUGCAGAGGAUAGAAAUAAUAACUCAGCCAAAAAUGGCAAUGGAGGAAAUAGUGCACCCGAUUCCAAAGAUGCAGGAAACAACGCACCUGAUGCCGAGGAUGAAAAUAACAACUCAGCUAAAGAUGAAAACGGAGAAAAUAACGCACCUGAUACCAAGAAUGAGAACAACAGCACAGGAGAUAGAAAUACCAACUCAGCCAAAGAUGACAACGCAGGAAACAGCGCACCUGAUGCUGAGGAUAAAGACAACAGCACACCCGGAGAUGGAAAUAACAACCCAAUAGAAGAUGAAGCUGAAGAAAAUACCGCACCUGAUGCUAGGGAUGAAAAUGACAAUUCAGCCAAAAGUGAGGAUGGAGAAAACAACAAUGGAAACAGCAUACUUGAAGAUGGCGAUAGAAGCAAUAGCGCAUCCGAAAGUAGUGAUGGAAACAACACCGUACUCAAUGGUGACGAUGGAAACAACGCACCCAUUCAUGGAAAUGAAAACAAUACGCUUAACAACAGUGGAGACAGCAGCACAGCUAAUUAUAAUGAUAGAAACAACAGCGCAACUGAUAAUAGCAACGACGACAACAACAACGACAACGACAAUAGUAAUAAUUCUGGCAAUAACAUGUAAAUGAGAAUUAUGGCUUUCGUCGGUGAUUACGUUAGAUAUAUUCGAGAUGUCAAAAUUAAGAUACUUAUCAAUUGAAAUUAUUGAAAAUUUAAGAUCGUAAAUAAUAUGUGAUAAAGUACCACGCUCAAAAAUACAGUCAUCAAUGUGACUUCUACAUUAAAAAUUACUUAAUAAUUUAUUAAUAAUUUUAACUAAAAAAAUUCUAUAAAUGAAAAUAUCAACUCAGCCGAAGAUGGGGACGCAAUAAACAGCUCCAAUAUUGAAAAUGAAAAUAACAACUUGGUAGAAGGAGGCUGAAAGAGACG